AUGCCUGUGUUUACAGCCGGUUUCGCGGGUAGCAAUAGUCGAGGAGAGGAGAUGUUGGUUCUCGUGGAGAAAGAUGGAAGGGAGGAGAAUGAUGUAUGGUACCGCUCGGGGGUGGGUGUGGGCGUGGGCGUGGGCGUGGGCGUGGGCGUGGGCGUGGAGAGGGUCGCAUGGUCGUGGCCGUUCAUCAGCAAUAAGGUAGUUAUCGCGGAUGGUCGUCAAACGAAGCCGUGCUGUGUCUCCCAUGACAACAGCCCGCCCAGUCCGGCUGCCGUUCCCGCGAAUCCGCCUCACCAGAAAUGGGGUAGACCAGUAGUUCUGAAGUUACUACUCACAUCAACUCUUGUCUCAUUAUCAUUCGGAGUAACACAAGUGCCUCUAAUUUACGUCUUCGGCGUCAUGACAUGCGACCAAUACUACCAAGAUCACCCAAACCUUCCCGAUAAGAAUUGCCACAUAACAGCAAUCCAAUCCAGCACGGCUCGGAGUGUUGCUCUCCUCGGAGCAGGCACAACAUUAUUCGGCGUCCUGAACCUCUUCUACACUGGUUGGGCCAUAAAACGUUUCGGAGUAAAGUCCGCCCUUUUAUCCUCCGUCUUCUGGCCUGCCGUACGUCUCGCAGUACAGAAUGUUGGCGUUCAAUUAGGAGGUGGAAUUGGAAUUAUCAUCAUUCAAUGUAGUCAGAUGAUCACGGUUGUCGGCGGACCAGCUGGCUAUCUUCUGGCAUUGAACUCGUUCGCGACCGAGAUCAUAGCGCCUGCUGAACGGACGGGGACGCUGGGGAGGUUGCAGGGCUGUGCCUUCUUCGGCACUGCUUUGGGCUACUUAUUUGGAGGCCUUCUCAGUGAUGGCUUCGGAAUCAUUGCCCCGUUCAGAGUCACUUUAGUCUUGUUCCUGGUGUCCAGCGCGUACAUCCUGCUAUUCUUGCCUUGGAUCAAAGCGGAAAUGAGUCCUGCCGACGAGAAGAAGACGAGAUCGCUCUCUAGUUUCUUUGAACCGCUGAGGAUGUUCGUUCCUCAGAAGUGGAUCUUGGUGGAUGGCAAGGUUAGAACAGAGUAUGGAAUCGUCUUGCUUGGUGCAGGCGCUUUCACCGCACUGCUAGCUACCGGCUACAUCCCAGUGUUGCUGCAGAUGUAUGCGACAGAUGUGCUCGAUUUUGGCACGACGGAGAAUGGCUGGCUGAUUUCAGUCAACUCACUAAUUCGAGGAUUAUACUUGACGUUCGCUUUCCCAGCGAUCAUAUCUGCAGGGCGCAAGUGGUUGGAUCGACGUGAGAUGAGCGAUGACAAGAUUUCUGCCGAGGAGUCGCAAAUUCCAGACAUUCCCACAAGUCCAGAGGAGUUUGCAUCGGGGCCUACACAAGCUGGACAGGAACCGAUCGAGCCACCGAGACCCAAGGCCAAUGAAGACGAGUCUUUCCAUUUCGAUCUCCUGUAUACCAGAUACAGCAUCCUGGUGGAUGGCAUUCUGACAGCUUUAGCCACUUUGACCUCCCAAGGCUGGCAUAUGUACGUUGUGGCAGUAGUGUUACCACUUGCCGCCGGAACUGGAUCUGCAGCGAAAGGCACAAUCUUGCAGAUGUGCUCCCCAUCGCAGCGCGCUGAUGCUCUCAGUGCCAUCAGCCUUGUUGAGAUGGUAGCGAGAUUGGCGACGACGGGGCUUUUUGGAUUCGUCUUCUCGGCCUUUGCAUCAAUCGGGCAGCCUUCCUUAACAUUCGCAGUCAAUGGCGCUGUGGCUCUGUUGGCGUUUGUGAUAUUCUGCUUCUGCAAGUUUCCUCCAAAGGGAAGCAUACGAGUUGAAGAGGGCGAUGCUGCGGACUGAAGCGAAGAGUAAGAUUAUGAAUCCAUUACAGUAUAUUUCGAACAUAGUUCCGGACUCAAAUGUGCUAAAAGGGGAGACCCGACGGCACAAAGCAUUGGGAUAUAUCAACAGGGACACCAGAACCACCACAAGACUAGAGAAGGACCCAUGAGCACUUCGGAAGGUCCUGCCAUCAUGCGUUGCAAAGGGUCAGAUACAGAGCCGACGCGGUAAACAUAUCCGCAUCCAACAAGCCGGCCACGAACAAAGACGUGCGAAAGUCGUCUUUACCAAAGUUGUAGACCUCUGGCUGCCACGCGCUCUUCAUCGUGUCGGAGCAGAUGUCUGGAAAUGCUGCAACUGUUCUCCUUCUGGCUUCUGCAUCGAUACUCGGGGCUGCUGCAUCGACGAACGUGCUUGCUGGGUAGACUUGCGCGGCAUCGAGACACUCAUCUUCCGCGGAUCCGGCUGAUCCUGAUACAGCUUUAUAGAUCUCUCUUUUAGAUCUUCACAAAAUUCCGGCAGACGUGCCGCGAGUGCUUUCU